AUGCGUAGUAAUGGGCUGGAUUGUGGGCCGUGUUUUAGCCUUGAUAAGGUAAAUCUGACUGGUAUUCCACAUGGACUAAGCUUCCAAGAAACAAAAGAGCUAUGGGUUCGAGCUGAUCUUGAUGGAAAUGGUGUGUUCGACUAUGAAGAAGAACUCAAGAAAAUUUGGAACAUGACGAUGAUGAAUCAAUCUGGAAACUGCAAAGAGAGUGUGGUGGAGAGUAGGAAAGAAGAAGGAGAAGAUAAGGAGGAAGAAGAAGAAGCGGUCUGGAUUGAAACUGAAGAAAGCGGUUCUGUUUCCGGAAGAAGCAGAGAAAGGAUUGUGGCCAGAGAAUUACAGCCUCUCGGAUCAUGCUUGUCUCACCCUACACUUCUCUCCUGUCAAAAUGCUCUGUAG